AUGUCGGACGACGAUUUUAUGCAGGACUCUGCCGACGAAGAUUAUGACUUCGACUACGAAGGCUCCGAUGACGACGAUGAAGAUGCCAGCGUUGGCAUCCAGAAUAAAUACUUCAAUGCCAAACAGAUGAAAGUGGAUAAUCCGGAAGAAGCCGUGGAUGAAUUCUUGGAGAUACCAGCGAUGGAAGCGGAGAAAGGCGAAUGGGGGUUCAAAGGGUUGAAACAGGCCAUUAAACUAGAGUUCAAGCUCGGGCGAUACGGUGAUGCUGUCGAACAUUAUCGAGAACUACUCACCUAUAUUCACUCCGCCGCCGACGUUACCCGCAAUUACGGUGAAAAGUCCAUCAAUAACAUGCUUGAUUACAUCGAGAAGGGAUCCGACGAUGACCGAGCGUACCAAUGCAUGGAAGAGUUCUAUUCCUUGACACUUGCAUCAUUCCAGAGCAGCAACGCUGAACGAUUAUGGCUGAAGACAAACAUUAAGCUGGCGCGACUAUGGCUAGAACGCAAAGAAUACGGACAACUUAGCAAGAAAGUGCGCGAAUUGCAUCGGGCAUGUCAGAAGGAAGACGGAUCAGACGAUACCAGCAAGGGAACCUACCUGCUAGAACUCUAUGCGCUCGAGAUACAAAUGUACGCCGAAACGAAGAACAAUAAGCGACUCAAGGCGCUUUACCAACGGGCCUUGCGAGUGCGGUCUGCGGUCCCGCAUCCAAAGAUCAUGGGUGUCAUUCGAGAGUGCGGUGGCAAGAUGCACAUGAGCGAGGAAAAUUGGGAAGAGGCACAAAGCGAUUUCUUCGAGUCAUUCCGAAACUACGAUGAGGCGGGCUCAAUGCAACGAAUUCAAGUCCUCAAGUACCUCGUCUUGACAACAAUGCUCAUGAAGUCAGACAUCAAUCCAUUCGAUUCCCAAGAGACAAAGCCAUACAAAAACGACCCACGGAUAUCAGCGAUGACUGACCUGGUGGACGCCUAUCAGCGUGACGACAUCCACGUCUACGAAGAUGUGCUAAGCAAGAAUCCCGACGUCCUGGCAGAUCCAUUCAUCGCCGAGAACAUCGAUGAGGUCAGCCGUAACAUGCGCACCAAGGCCGUGCUCAAGCUGAUAGCCCCAUAUACCCGGUUCUCACUCCAAUUUAUCUCCAAGCAUAUAAAAAUCGCCCUGCCGGAAGUAUUGGAUAUCCUGAGUUUCCUGAUUCUUGAUAAGAAACUAGACGCUAAGAUCGACCAAGAAAAUGGGACCGUGCAAGUUAAUGUUUCCAGCGACGUGGAAAGAUUACGCGCCUUACAAGAGUGGACCUCAUCGCUACACAGUCUUUGGACAACGACCCUUAAAGGUGAGGGGUUCCGUGCGGACGAAGGAACACACGGGGCCGCGGGCGCCAUGUUCGCCUCCGGCUUCGGCGACGAGUCACCUAUGGGCAUGCGAACAAUGAACCAACGGGGCCGAAGAGAACUACGAGGGAAAGCAUACGCAGGCAAGCUUGGUGGGGCAGCGUAA